AUGCUAAGCCAGUUGCCGCUUGAGCUGGUUGAUGCCAUCGCCGACUUGCUGCCACAACGCAGCGUUUGGUCGUUGAGUCUUGUUUCAACCAUAUUAUAUGCCGCUCUGUUCCCUCGGCUCCAUCGUGCGAUAACCUUCCGUGCCAGCAAUGAAUGGGCCUUGAACAUCCUGGAUGUCGGUCUCUUUUUGGGGGACUGUCCCGACUACCGCGCUGGGGAGAUCCUGCACUAUACCAGGCAGCUAACGGUGAAAGCUCCAAUCCGCAUCGCUCGGUUCCACCGCUGUGUGUACAAUAGCAACUUCUUUCCACCGGCCACGUCGCCAAGAGGACUCACAUUAGGCAGCCCGCACGAACCGACCGCUCACAGCGGGUUUCUAGAGAGCCUGUCGUCUCAGAUACACCAAGUCUUUCCCCGAUUAGAACCUGGAAUCCUCCAUUCAUUUCAAUGGCAUAUCGGGACCUGCAUCCCCGCGAACGUCUUGGAUGCUCAAGGACACUUGGUGCACCACCAGAAACAGAUCCGUCGUCUCUCUUUGAUCACUAACGGCACCUGUCCCCACGCGGGCCAACAUCUAGAGGGCCUGUCGUGUUUCACGGCGCUCAGCGAGUUGGAGUGGGAAGGCGCUCUCUAUCUGAUUCCUGUCGGCGGAGAAUCCACCAAGCCGUUGUGGCUAUGCGGAUAUCGUGGUCUCUUUCCGUCAUCCUUCCGUGAUGACCAUACCCGACCUGAUCUGGACGGCUACUCCUUACUCACUUCGUUGACGCUUUCACGCGUUUCGUUCCCCAGCGCGCUGCUUCCCGGCGUCCAACGAUCGCCGUUCCGCGCUCUGCAGGCACUGACCCUGCGGGACUGCCCCAGCGAACUGCACUUUUUGCAGCUCUUGGCACGAUCCAGCAGGCCCGUCUCCCUCCGGUACUUCGAGAUUAGCAGCGAUUGUCUCCGCGAGUCAGGGGAGCGGCUGGCGUUCAUCGCCAUCGUCGAGUUUCUCCUUUCCUUCCGAGGCUUGCAAUAUCUGUACCUGAAGAUCUCUAACUUUCCCCAGUUCCUUCCAGGUCUUGAUGAUGCCAUUCAUCAUCACCAAUCCGCACUCCGUGGUCUGAUCUUCCAUGAACGUCGGUUGAUGGCGGUCGACAGGGAACAGAUUUUUGAAGAGCUUCGGGACGAUGUGACCGUGACGUUGGCCAGUAUUCCGCGCAUUCUACGGAAGAUCUGUUCUCCGAUCGCCCUGGGCCUCUGCCUUCGCCCAGCUAGCACAGAAUCUUCUCGUCAGCCUACCAAUACGUUCGUCUAUUCGGAUCCUCCACCUGCGAUUCAGUGGGGAGGAAAGAAUCCACUACGGCCUCCGGCGGGAGAUCCUUUCGCUGCUGCAGAAAGAUAUGGACCGAUGGCGCCGGUCGCUUCCUUGAAAAUUCAAGAAGUCGAAGGCCGCCGGACUCGACUUCUGGCCAACGCGAAAGGCGUCGGAACUUCAGGAGUUCGUCAGGCUGGUCAGUGGGCUUUCGGACCCGCCGGCCUCCCGGCAUUGCAAAUACUCGCCUUUGGCGACUUCUCCCAUGGCGACCGCUACCGAGAACAACAAGUACUGAUUCAGAGGAAAAGGCCUGAUAGAUCGUCAAACGGGACAAGCCACAGGGAAUGCUACACGGCUAAUCGGGCAUUUUGCCUGGCCGACAUUGAUAACGAUUCUUUUUGGGAUGACCUUCCGUUGGAUGGGUUGAAUGGGCCCCGGUUUCUGUCUGCAUGCCCCAGUACCGGAUUGAUGGAAUCCCCGUAUGAUCUCUAG